UGCACCCGGCAGAGGAUGCAGCUGGUCGUCAUGGCAGCGGCGCUGGCGCUGGCGGGGGCGCGGCAGAGCUGCAGCUUCGGCUGUCGUCCAACAAACACCAGCAUCAAGGUGGAGAGCUGUGGCAGCAGCGAGCUGGUGUACACCACUGUGUGUGAAGGGCAGUGCUACCACGAGGAUCCCGUCUACCUGGAGCCCGGCGACUGGGCCCAGCAGCACGUCUGUAGCGGCGACUGGUCCUACGAGGUCAAGUACAUCAGCGGGUGUCCCAUCGCCGUCUCGUAUCCGGUGGCCAAAUCCUGCGAGUGCACGGCGUGUAAUCUAGGAAACACGGACUGUGGACGGUUUCCUGGAGACGUGCCGAGCUGCUCGUCCUAUUAA